AUGGAAAGAACAGCAGAAGAGCAAAUACAUGAAACGCUUAGUCGCAGUGUGAGGGAAAUACAGAGAUGUCUCUCCCUCAUAACUUCUUUAGAGACGUGCUUGUGUGACGACCAAACAUUCCAGGCUUUGAUUGAUCACAUAACGAAUCUGAAAACAGAGAAAAAUAUGCACAUAAGAUAUAUUUGGAUGGAAAUGGUGCAUGGCCUAAUAGAAACAAAAGUAAAGAAACUGGAAGUGGAUUUCAAAAACAGAUAUAUUUAAAAGCUUGGCCAACUUCAAAUGUUCUCUGUUGUUUGCAUGUUAAAGGUUUGCACUGGAAUUGAAAUUUGAUAUUUUACUUUGAGUAGUGUAUUAUACCUUGCGAGUUCAUAAAUAUAAA